AUGGCGGUUUGUGAGAGUUUGGAAAGGGCAUUGAAGGAAAGUAUAAGCUAUGUGCUAGAAAGGUUUGACGGUGUAGAGAAGUUAAGUGAUGAGCAAACAAGUGGGGUAUUGAAUUUUAUUCAACGCAAGGACGUUCUGGCUGUCUUGCCAACCGGUUCCGGUAAAUCGUUGUUGUUUCAGCUUAUUCCGGGUCUGUGUCUGCGUCUUAACCAAAUGGGAUACUGCAACUAUCCGAAAAGUGCAAUUGUGAUUGUUGUUUGUCCGUUGAAUGCCCUUAUCGAAUGCCAUAUGAAGGAGUUACGACAGCGGGGAAUUUCGUGUACUUGUUUAUCCGGAGAUGAUGCCGACCAAGAUGGCGCACUCGCUGGGAAAUACGCGUUCGUCUUUGCAAACCCUGAGGCGCUUAUCCUGAACGAAAAAUGGAGGAAGAUGCUUCAGUCGCCCAUCUAUCAAAGCAACCUGUUUGGGAUUGUUACCGAUGAAGCCCAUGUUAUUCCUAAAUGGUAUGUUGACUAGUGUUGUUGUGGUUUGAAUUUACUAAGCUUUUAAUUAUCACAUUCAACUUUUGCAACAAUACGAUUUGAGCUUUACUAAUUUCCUAUUUCAAACGUUUACAACAUGUUUUGAAACAAGUUGGAUGGAUUAGGAAUUAAUAUAAACACAAAACAUGUAUUUUGCAGGGAAAAUUUGCUUAAAUUGACGUCUAAAUUGGACUUGUUUUCAUUGAUUGUCUACAAUGAUUUUGUAGUAAGGGACUUGUGCAUUGUGCAAAUCCUGGUAUGUAAAUAAGAUCUUUAAAGGAGGAUUUCUAUAAUUUAUCAAUAUAGGAGACCAUUAUUUUUUUACUUCUCCCUUUUUUUCUGUUUCGUCUCUUUUAUUCAUGUAUGUGGAGGGUUUCCCUGUUUUAUCAUUGAUUAGCCCUACUCAACACUCAUAAAAAGAACAUGUUUUCAGGUCUCGACAACAUUAAUCCUGAACAGUCUCUUUUUUAAAUUUACCAGGGGCUAUGAUAGCAAAGAAAAGCAACAAGCCUUUCGUGCAUGUUUUGGACGGUUGGGUGAGCUUCGUUCACUAGCUGCAGACAAAACUCCAGUAAUGGCACUAACAGCAACAGCAACCAGAGAGACAAGGCAGCAAAUCAUUAAUGGUCUGAAUUUGAAGGACAACCUGCACCUGAUUGUUGCAAGCCCAAAUAGGUCGAACAUUUAUUUGUAUGUUGCUAAAGUAAACAAAAACUUGUCUGAGACGUUCGGUUGGCUGGUUGAAAAGUUGAUAGUUGAAAAACAGGCUUGCCCAAGAACUUUGGUUUAUUGUAAGACUACCAAGGAAUGUGGACAACUAUUUAGUUUUUUUAAAAUGGAGCUAAAAGAAAAUGCUUAUGUCAGCAGUGAUCACAAGUCUGACAACAUGUUGAUUGGUAUGUUUCACCACAACACCCUUGACAAACAUAAAGGUAGAGUUAGCACCUCACUCUACAAACCUUCUGGAACCUGCAGAGUGGUGUUUGCUACAAAUGCUCUUGGUAUGGGAAUUAACUUCAAGGACAUUGCUUAUGUUAUUCACUAUGGGCCUCCUCGUAAUAUUGAAGAUUUUGUCCAAGAAAUUGGUCGUGCUGGCCGUGAUGGCAGGAAGGCAGUUUCAGCAUUAUUUUACCAAGGGAAACAUUUGCGGAAAUGCGAGAAGGCAGUUAAAAGGUAUGCCAAGGAGAGCACCUGUUUGCGAAACCUUUUAAUGUCAGAAUUUGAAGAACUUAACAACACUGUGGGAGAUCAUAGCUGUUGCUUGUCAUGCCAUUUGAAGUGUCUAUGCAGUGACACAAAGUGCAACAUUGACAUACCGUUUACUCACCACAGUUAUCAAGUGAGGGGUUCCUCCAAAGAGUCUUUAAAGAAAAGAAAGACUACCCUUCAACAAAGGUUACUGCUUGAAGAAUUGUUGAGGGACAGGCAAAGGGAACUCUCUUCUAAGUGCUCAGUCUAUUACCUGUCUCCAGAGUGUACAACUGGAUUUAGCGAUAAUCUGAUUAAGUCAGUACUGUCUCAUUGUAAGUACAUUUUUAAUGUGGAUUACAUAAUGGAGAAUUUGCCUGUUUUCAAAAAAGAGCAUGCUUGUGACAUCCUCCAUAUGGUUAGAGAUUCUUUUGAAGAUUUUGAAAUUAAUGAUGAGACACUCACAGACACUGACAAUCAAGAACUUGUUUUUUCUGAGACAUUUGACCUUGAAUAUGGUGGAAUCUAUAGCAACAGCGAAGGCAGUGACAGUGACUUUUUCACAGAUUCUGAGUUGUAG